UGAAACUGUCCCAACCCGCAGUUCAAACGACUAUGAAAGGACUGAAACCCGACCAAAAGGCAGAAUUCGGAAAAAUUCUUUCGCAAAUGGACUCGGAAGGCGCAGCAAAUGAAAUGGUUUUGCCUUAUGCCUUGUCAUUUUUGGCUGAGCGUAACAUCAACGUGGAGACUGGCGACACCCUUCUUCCUGGUAAAUACCAUUUUUGUCUUUAUCUAGUCAGGCCUUGAUAUUUGAUUUCCCCAGACGAAGAUCCCAACCAGGAAGAAAUACCACCAGGCCAUCACUGGCCGAAUCUCAUGACGCCAGAUCCUCUAAUGGACUCCCGAGAUGUUGUAGACUUCCCUCCAACCAAGGACAACCCUUUCCACAACCGAGUCGUUUUGCGCAACCACAAGUCGAUGUUCCAUGAGUUGAUGGAGGAAAACAAAUUUGACUUUGACGACCCAAAACUCCAGCCGGUUCAAACAGACUUGGGCAGGUCGGCUCCUGAGAUAUAUGAACGGACUGGCAUUUCAAAACGCUUCAAGCUACGUGACCCCAGCAUCCACCUCUACAGGAUCACUCGCCGUGUUAUCCAGCAGACAGGUAAAGGGCGAAUACCAAGCAUGCAAGUCUUCACGAUCAUCGGAAAUGGGAACGGAUUAGUCGGACUUGGCCGGGGUACCCAUGCCGACAUGUCCCUUGCUACAAUUAAAUCGUACUCUCAGGCGAUAAAAAACAUGGAUUAUGUAGACCGGUUUGAAGACCGGACCGUGUGGACGGAGGUGGAAAGCAAGUUUGGCUCGACGAGAAUCCUGAUGCGACCACGGCCCCUCGGGUUCGGGCUAAGGUGUGGGCCGACGUUGCAUCGGUUGUUCAAGGCUGCAGGAAUCAAGGAUAUCAGUGCAAAAGUGUGGAAGAGCCGGAAUCCGAUUUUGAUUUUGCAGGGUGCGCUGCGGAUGCUGCAGAGUGGGCAUAAUCCACUGGGUAUGGGUGAUGGUGCUGGAGGACCAGGGAGGAGGAUGCAGAAGGGGUCAGGAAUUCGCAGUUAUGAUUCUGUGACGAGGGCUAGAGGUAGAAGCCUGGCCGGUUUGACGGUAUGAUUACAGAAGCUAUAUAAUCACUUUGUUUAUCGCAUGUCAGUGACGAGGUUUGGGAUGUACGUCAAGGUAAAUCAUGCAUGAAGUAUCUGCUAAGGUGAUCUUUUCCACCUGGCUACGGUAACUUACGUCGGUGUUCCCUGUUUGGAUAGGAGGAGAAUGCUCAGCUACUGAGGACAUCACACCGAUAUGACCGUGAUCGUAGUCGUUCCCGUACCAACAAACGCUGGGUGAUCGUCUGAUCGGCGGCCAGUCGUCCACUCGACUACGGACACAAGACGCC